CGGAGGCGCAGAGGGAGCAGCAGCGGCGCUGGCAGGCCUGGCCGUCCCUUUCCCGGGCCUGCCACACGAGGGAAGGCGCGGUAGCGUGAAGGAAGCGCCGGACGUCGCCCCGGAGAGACCAGGCCCGGUUGACGAGAGCGAGGGAGGGGGUUCGCCGCGCCGCCAGCCAGCCAUCCUCUUCUGAGGGCCAGACGCAGCAGAGGCGAGCCUGGCCAUGGCACCGACACAUUUCAAUUUUCUUCUGUCGGUUGGAUUAUUAAAUUACCUCAUAAUUUAUGGAUUUGCCCAACAAGGUGGGAGCAUUUGUAUAAAUGCUAAUGCAAAAUCAUGUGCUGAUUGUAUACAAGCUGGGCCAAAUUGUGGAUGGUGCAAAAAUAUAACCUUUUUACAAGAGGGAGAAUCUACUGCAGCACGAUGUGAUGUCUUGGAAACUUUAAAAAAUAAAGGCUGCCCUCCAGAAGAAAUUGAAAAUCCCAGAGGCACCCAUAUAUUGCUAAAAAACAAAGAAGUAACAAAUCGUGUCAAAGGGACUGCUGAGAGCCUCAGGCCAGAAGAUAUUACCCAGAUUCAACCACAGCAAGUGUUGUUAAAGCUGCGGAAAGGGGAACCACAGACAUUUUCAUUAAAAUUCAAGAGAGCUGAAGAUUAUCCAAUUGACCUUUAUUACCUUAUGGAUCUCUCCUACUCUAUGAAAGAUGACUUGGAAAAUGUCAAAAGUCUUGGAACUUCUCUGAUGAGUAAAAUGAAGAAUAUAACUUCGGAUUUUCGAAUUGGCUUUGGUUCUUUUGUUGAAAAAACAGUAAUGCCUUAUAUCAGUACCACGCCUGCCAAACUCAGGAAUCCCUGCACCGGUGACCUAAACUGUACAAGCCCCUUUAGCUACCGGAACGUACUCAACUUUACCAGCAAUGGAAGCUGGUUCAAUACACUUGUAGGUGAACAGCAAAUCUCAGGCAAUUUGGAUUCUCCAGAAGGGGGAUUUGAUGCAAUAAUGCAGGUUGCUGUUUGUGGUUCAAAAAUUGGAUGGAGAAGAAAUGUCACUCGACUACUGGUUUUUUCCACGGAUGCUGGCUUCCAUUUUGCUGGAGACGGGAAACUUGGAGGAAUUGUUUUACCAAAUGAUGGACGAUGUCAUUUAGAAAAUAAUAUGUACACAAUGAGCCAUUACUAUGAUUAUCCCUCCAUUGCUCAUCUUGUUCAGAAGCUAAGUGACAAUAAUAUUCAGAUAAUAUUUGCAGUUACAGAGGAAUUUCAGCCAGUGUACAAGGAGUUGAAGAAUUUGAUUCCUAAGUCUGCAGUGGGAAUGCUGUCUUCAAACUCCAGUAAUGUGAUUCAGCUGAUUAUUGAUGCUUAUAAUUCGUUGUCUUCAGAAGUUAUUUUGGAAAACAACAAACUACCUAAGGAGAUAGCAAUAGAAUAUAAAUCUUUCUGUAAGAAUGGAGUGAAUGGAACAGGAGAUGAAGGAAGAAAAUGCUCCAACAUUUCAAUUGGAGAUGAGGUUAGGUUUGAGAUUAAAAUAACAGCUAACCAGUGUCCAGAAAAAGGGCAAAAUGAAACAAUUAAAAUCAAGCCGCUUGGUUUCACCGAAGAAGUAGAAAUUAAUCUGGAGUUCAUUUGCGAAUGUGAUUGCCAUAAUGAAGGAAUUGAUGACAGCCCUCUGUGCCAUUUUGGAAAUGGAACAUUUGAGUGUGGUGCUUGCAGGUGCAAACCUGGGCGUAUUGGAAAGCAUUGCGAAUGCAGCAUGGAAGAAGUAAAUAGUGAAGACAUGUCAGGCACCUGUAGGCAGGCUAACAGCUCUGAAAUAUGUAGCAACAAUGGUGACUGUAUUUGCGGACAGUGCGUGUGCAGAAAGCGAGAGAAUCCAAAUGAAAUCUAUUCUGGCCCCUACUGCCAGUGCGAUAACUUCAAUUGUGAUCGAUCCGAUGGUUUAAUUUGUGGAGGACAUGGUGAAUGUAAAUGUCGUGAAUGUGAAUGCUGGGCAAAUUACUCUGGCUCUGCUUGUGAGUGCCCCCUGGAUACAACUCAAUGUGAAGCUGCAAAUGGGCAGAUCUGCAAUGGCAGAGGAAUAUGUGAAUGUGGGAUAUGCAACUGUACCGAUUCCAAAUUUCAGGGACCAACAUGUGAGCUAUGUCAGACUUGUCUUGGCGUCUGUGCAGAGCACAAAGAUUGUGUCCAGUGCAAAGCCUUUAACAAAGGAGAAAAGAAAGAACGGUGUGAAAAGGAAUGUUCACACUUUACUUUGGAGUUGGUAGACCGCAGAGAAAAGUUGCCACAGCCUGGACAAUAUGAUGCACUGACUCACUGCAAGGAGAAGGAUAUUGAUGACUGUUGGUUUUAUUUUACAUACUCUGUUGAUUCAAACAACAAGGCCAUUGUCCAUGUGGUGAAGACACCCGAAUGUCCAACUGGUCCUGACAUAAUUCCAAUUGUUGCUGGUGUGGUAGCUGGAAUUGUUCUUAUUGGUCUAGCUUUAUUGCUGAUUUGGAAGUUACUUAUGAUCAUUCAUGAUAGAAGAGAGUUUGCAAAAUUUGAGAAAGAAAAGAUGAAUGCAAAAUGGGAUACCGGUGAAAAUCCUAUAUACAAGAGUGCAGUGACGACUGUAGUGAAUCCUAAGUAUGAGGGGAAAUGAAAACUGCUUUAUAACUUUACAGCACUGUGUGUAAUGUACCAGUUUUGUACUCAUAGUAACCUAGCUUUGGGCAAUACUAGUUCCUUACUUACACAAUUGUUUCCUAUGCAAUUUUUUUAUGUACAGUAUUUUUGUUUUUGAAUUUUUUUUUGUUUUUGCAAAUAAACAAAGGACUGAUAGAAAACUUGAGAUUGCAUAUCCUAUUCAGCUAAGAUCAUAGCUUACUCAAUUAAGGUGCUUUUUUUAUUCUACCCUGUCUUUUGUAUGGAAUGAAACAAUAAACAAACAAUUUGCCUAUGCAUUAAGUAUUAAAAUUAGAACAGUUUUUAGCCUUAUAAGUAUAUCAAGGUUUGGCUUGCACAAGUAGUACAAGCCAAAUACUAAUAAACUAUACAAAAUUUACUUUAGCUUGUGAAUAAUGUGAGACUUAACUUUCAACUUUCUGUAUUCAGUAAUGUAGAAAUCAUAAUGUAAUUUUAUUUGCAAAUUUCAUAUGUGCAUAUACAUUUUAAAUUGUCACAAGGUCUGUAUAAGAAUAAAAAGAAAAAAUAGAUCCAAAAUAAGAGCUUUAAUAUUCUUAAAACAGGGAUGGUGAUAAUAUUAAGAACCCCCUUUUAUAAAUUCAAGUUCUGGUUGUAGUACUGACAACUACACUGCCAAGACCCCCUUUUAAAUCAGCUGCCCUAAUCUGGUGCCACCCAGAGGUCUUGGACUUAAAAAAAAUAAAUCAUACUUGAAGUUGAAAGUCCCACACAUACAGGGCACUGAGUUGGAGAAAGCUCUUGUUAGCGACUCAGUUCCUUCGGUUUCUUUUUAAAUUUCUUGCUUGGUUUAAAGCCUGGUGCUUUAGCAACUUUAAUGUAUUUGGUUUCAUUUUGUGUAAGAUAAUUGUCAAGCCAGUUUAUUUUUGCAAUCUUGGUUGUAAUUUAUCUUUAUCCUAUAGCUAAGAUUGCAUGACUCUGGGUCAGGAAAUACUGUGGCAUGUAUAUUUGCUGCUGGCCGUUCUGUUAACUGUUCAAUACUAGCCACAUUAAGUGCCUUUUAUUUUAACAAAUGUUCACUUUUUACAAUGUUACCAAGGAAACUAUUUAUUAAAUUUAAAAAAUCUUUUAAAAA